AUGAAGUUGGUAUCAUGUAUCGUGGCUCUGGCCAUGGCCGGCAACGCCGCUGCCAUCGAACUGCCACCGAUUGAAACCCCGACUAUCGAACUUCCGCCCAUUGAAACCCCAACUCUCGAAAUCCCACCUAUUGUCACUCCAUCGUUACUGCCUACCACCUCAGAGCUUGAUCCUACACCCACCUUAUCUCUUCCGGAGUCAACCCCAACCGAAAGCCCAGAGGACGAGGAUGACUACUGCGAGGAUGAUCCGGAGGACGAGCCUGACUACCCGGGCGAGGAACCCGACUAUCCGGGCGACGAGCCCGAAGAGUGCGAUCCCGACUAUGACGAGGACUGCUACUGUGAGCCAGAGACCACCUCAGAGUUUCCGACGCCCACGCCUACUCCUUCCGGUCCGGACUGCGAGUACGGCUGUGAUGAGCCCACUCCUACGCCGUCUGACAACCCAGACUGCGAGUAUGGCUGUGAUGAGCCUACGCCGACUCCUGAACCCACCCCGUCGGACAACCCAGACUGCGAAUAUGGCUGCGACGAACCUACCCCAACGCCUUCUGAUAACCCAGAUUGUGAAUACGGAUGUGACGAGCCGACUCCUACUCCUGAGCCCACUCCAUCUGACAACCCAGACUGCGAGUACGGAUGCGACGAGCCAACUCCUACUCCUGCGCCCACGCCUUCAACGACGCUGUUCACCACCUCUACUAUCGUCACCACUUCCACCGUCACCAUCACCGCUUGCCCCACCACGAUGAAGAAUUGCCCGGCUGAGUCGACCAUCACUACCGUUACUACUGUCACCAUCGGUACGACUGUCUGCCCCGUUGAGCCUACGCAUGUGCCUGGUACUCCGGGUUCGCCUGGCAGCCCUGGUACUCCUGGUACUCCUGGUCACCCCGGUGCUCCCGGCACUCCAGGCGCUCCUGGUACUCCUGGCUCUCCCGGUACUCCUGGUAGCCCUGGUACUCCUGGUAGCCCUGGUACUCCCGGCGCUCCCGGAACUCCUGGCAGCCCUGGUGCUCCUGGCAGCCCUGGAACUCCAGGCAGCCCAGGCGCUCCAGGCACCCCAGGUUCUCCAGGCUCCCCCGCAGCCCCCGGCGCCCCCUCAUCCAACACCAACAAACCCACCCGCCUCAUCCCAACACCGACACCGACACCCUCAGCCUCCCGCGGCAGCUCCGCCCCACCAACCGAGUACACCGGCGGCGCUUCUAGCUUUGCCAUCGGCAACGUCGGGGCCGCGGUCGUGGGUGUUGGCGCGCUUGUUGUUGCUGUGUUGUGAUUAUCAUAGCCGUGGUCGGUUGACGUUGUAAAUUUGGGCUGGGGAUGGUUUAAUUUCGUGGGGGAGAGGGAGAGAGGGAGAGCUUCGUGUAUAUAUUAGGGAGCGAGGUAGAUGAAGAUUAAUAUUAUCUGGCUUUUUUUUUGUGAAUGUGGCUACAAUGGGGUUGUUGUGUUUGUGAUUGGUCUGUGUCUGAAUAGCAAGGCAAAGGAUAUACACCUCCUUAUCACCCACCAUACACUGAAACAUCGAAACACUUCUUCCUUUCUGUUCAUCAUCGUUGAUCUGCCUAGCUAUUAUCUACCCGGAUCUGCAGCUCGACAAAUAAGGUGCCAAUGUUAAUGUACAAACAAAC